AGCGACAAAAAAGUUCGGGAAAUCAACUGAAUUUCUUGAGAUCAGCCGAAAAAAGCUCCUAAAAAUGCAUCUUUUUUUACAGAAAACACUAAGAUAUCAACCUCAUUCUCUUCUCUAAGGUCCUUUAUUGUAUCUGGCGGAUAAUGAAGCCGUUGGAAGUCCAGACAGCAGAUGUAGAAGAAAUGGAGUGUGAGUUACAUUCAAAGGAGUUCUUUGUUCAUGUCGGUAUGCUUGUCCUGGAGGGCCGCAUGCCACAGCAGUCUGACAGAGGACGGAUAGAAGGGCAUCAUUGCGGCACUUCUAAGGGGAAGGUGUGUCACACCUGUGAUGACAAGAAUGAAGAGUGUAAAGAAGCCCGAACAUGGACACAAAUCAUGGAGGCUCACUGGCAAAGCACUCAUCCCCUGGUGAUAGAUGUUCUUGUGAAACUAAAUGAACAGACUGAUCAUCUUCUACUUCUUGAACAAUGGACUGUGAAAAUAGUUUGUAGUGCCUGUGGUCCAACAAGCAGUGGUAGUCAACUGCUACAAGCUGUUAGGUCUCAUUUACAUUUCUCACAGCUGAGUGCAUGGCUGAGUAGCAGCAAAGGCAUAUUACCUUAUGAGAUCAAAUAUAGGAUAAACGAACAAGCCGAACAUCAAUCCUAUACAUUUUCCCGCGAACCAACAGAACAUGUCUUCCCUUUAGCAAGUUUACCAAGUCCAUAUUCACUUCAAGUUCAAGUCAAAUCCUUACCACGAUGUAGCAUACAGGAACUGUUGAAAGAAUCACAAGUCGUCGAAGAAAUAUUUUGUAAUAAUUCCAGCGAUUUUAGUUUAUUGAGAAGCGAACCAUCUUCUUCUUCUUCUUCUUCGUGGUUUAGUGACACCAGGUCGCCAUUACGGAAAAGAACUUGUUUGAACAAAGCUGAAAAUGGUCAAGUUUUUGUCGCCAAAGAAAAAGCAACAGAGGUCUUGUCUUCGGACAGUCAAACGAGACAAAGAAGCUACAAAACUAUCAAUUUAGGAAAGGAUUUUUUAAAAUUAGAGAGCGAUGGAGAUUGGAAGAGAGCUUGUUUGAACGAAGCUGGAAAUGGUCAAGUUUUCGUUUGCAAAGAAAAGGAAACAGAGACUUUGUUUUCGGAAAGUCAAGCAAAAUCUUCUACUUGCACAUCACGGAGAAGCGACAAAGCUAUCAAUUUAGAAAAAGAGUUUUUAAAAUUAGCGACAAGUUGUGAUUUGAAACCUUGUAAGUCGACGGAAAAUCUUCAAGAAGAAUCGCAAAUCGGAAAAGAUAGUGAAUUUUUGAAUUUAGGCGCGACGCCUUCAAAUUAUGAACCAAUUAUGGAUUCAAAUGGAACUUCGAAUGGAAUUUCUAAUUUGAGUGAAAGAAUAAAGAAACUUGGAAGAGAUAUUGCGAAUAUAGACCGGAAUGUCAAUACGCAUGCGUACCAGAGCGAACAACGGAUUUCAGGUUUGAGUGCGUUGUUAAAAGAAGCAAGUAAAGAAUGUACUGCGGAAAUGAAAACAGAUGUCUCUGGUGCGAGAGAAAAGGAGAAGAGGACGUCACGUGAGGUGGCAAAGAUGGUUCUGCAGAGAAAAUGUAGAAGUCUGAGUGAUAGAGGAGUUCGAGUGGAGAGUCUUCGUAACAGAGAACCAAUACAAAAAGAGGCAUCUAGAAACACAGCAGAAGAUAGAGUUUGUAAUAAAGCUAAACAAUCGCCGACAAGGCAAGGAACGACUUCCAAUUCCAGUGACGUUGAUAUCCAUGCUAUCAGACAACCUGUAAACAGAGACUGCACUUACAGGCGGUCAGUUCAACUACCAUUCAGCGCAUGCACAGAACCUGUAUUCAAUCCCAAGACUGGGUUACCUGUUUCAUCAAGUCCGGAAUCUGUUUUAAAUGGGAGAAUGGAACCUGUUGGUACUGUAGAGGGAUUUGUAGCGGAGCUUAGUACAAGUGGAUCAUUUUGCCCACGUCAUGUCAAGCUUCCAAUCAUCUCUUGUUUUUAUAGGCUCUCAGAUGAUGACGCACCAUCCCCUUAUAUGGGCUAUAUCAGUUUGAAGGACGAUCCUAUUGGACGAAGGGGAUAUCACGUGCCUAAGAAAGGAACAAUUCAAUUGACAGUAUUUAAUCCUAACAUGACUGUAGUGAAGAUGUUCGUAGUGUUGUAUGAUUGUUCGGACAUGCCACCAAGAUCUCAGACCUUCCUCAGACAAAAGACCUAUUCUGCUUUAAAAGGCAAUGAAGUAAAGAACGAGGUCCAACAGAAUCUACAUUAUUUGCUUCACUUAAGGUUUGCCAGCUCCAAGUCGGGCAAAAUCUACCUCCACACAGAUAUACGAGUGAUAUUUGCACGCCAACCACCAGACCUUGGUAACAUUUAUCAACUGUUUACUGUUACGGAUGGACCAACGAACCCUAAGUACACCAAGAAACACCAUUCAUCAGAAGAACCUGAAUGUUAAUAUUGGACACUUUAGAAACGAGUUGAGGACUAGAAACGAGUUUUUAGAUUUAACCUAGUUACAAAAUAAACACCAUAGCAAGAAAGAGGACAUCGAAAUUAGGCUGCGUUCAUAAUGCGUGACAGGGGAGGGCAGGUGAAAUUGAGGGGGGAUCGGGAACAUUU